CAUUCGUUUAGGAUAUUACACACGUAGACUAACAAAUUUACAAGUGUAAACAUGUGGAAAAUCUCCAAUUCUUCCUAUAACUAUUUCACUAAGUCUUUGAUUUCCCCAGCUGUAAUCAAAGAUGAUACUGUGGUCGCACUUAAACAAUUAGCAAUUAAUAGUUAUCUGGUUUUCUAAAACUACAGUUGUUAAAUUAGUAUGAAGCACCUGCUGUGCGUAACUGUUUUUGUUACUGUAUAUAUACAAACCUAGCCACCGCGGUCUAUCGUUAUAGCCAGAGUGAGGAUUUUUAGUUCAAGUGUCAAGCUUAUAUCUGGAGAGUGUAAGAAACAUUAGCUUUGCCAUGUUGGGCCGGAAAUCUCCAAUAGUAUAUACAACUAUAUUUAACUUCUCCUGCGUGACUGACAUAGUUGAAUAUUGACAUCAGUUUACAAAGCAAGCCUGGAUUAUGUACAUGUAAAGAAAUAUGAACAGUUUCAACGAAAGUGUGGUCUAGCUGAAAUUGAACAAGGACCGCCGAUCACUUCAAGAACCAAUCUCCAUGAUUAUGAUGUGUGUAGUACUACCUCGGGGACAUACAACAUCCAUAAAAUAAACCCACUGCUGAGCCAUCACACGUCUACGGUAUACUGAGAUACAAGCGGAGUACUGUCUUGAGGAGAACAGCUUCUAAAUUCCAAUCUGUAUAUUUGUUCUAGCAGCAUGUUUUGUCGCGAGAGCAGUGGUAACCACACCCUUGGUGUAUUCAAAUUAUUGUCUUGUACAUUGUGUUAUAAUUACAUUAUGAAAAUGGACGCCAAAUUCUUCAAAGUGCCUAUCUCGGAACCAGAAGGAUUUGCGUUCCUGGCAGGUCCAGAGUCCGGACUCGAACCUGGAACUCUUGUGAUUCCCGACAUGAGGAACGCGUCAUCGAUAAACAGCAUUUGUAGUACAAUGGACGAGGAGAAAUGUGAAUGGUGGAAAACAUGUUGUGACGCAGCAGUAAAGUGUUGUGAACGACAAAUGAAUAUGGGUUCUACGUCACCAAAGUCGGGGUAUUGUCCCCGAACGUGGGACGGAUUUGGAUGUUUUGACGAUACAAGAGCGGGAGGUAGAGCCUAUUUGGAUUGCCCAGCUUAUGUGGAACACUCAGUUCCGUAUGCCCAGGCUUAUAAGGACUGCACCGAGAAUGGCACGUGGUUUACUCUCACAGACGCCAGGACAGGGCAUAACUUCGAGUGGACCAACUACUCUACCUGUCUGGACAUCGAGAAUCAGCAGCAGUUGGUGUACGUUGGAUUCAUAUGUAGUCUCAUCAGCAUCAUACUGCUAGUUCCGUCCUGUAUCGUGUUCCUGGCGUUUAGACAACUGCGGGUACAACAGAGGAUUCGUCUCCACGUCUGUCUGUUCGCCUCCUUCACUGUGUCGGCUUUCCUGACAAUCCUCUGGGAUUUUCUCGUCGUUUACGAUCGAGUUAAGAAAGCGAACAACCGGGAAGAUAGUUUGAUGGUUCAAAAUACGGGCGGAUGUAAGCUGCUGUACGUCCUUCACCGCUAUAUCCAGAUGUGUAACUAUUUUUGGAUGUUUUGCGAGGGCUUUUAUCUCCAUCGACUCAUCGUGCACGCCUUUGAAGUACCGAAAACACUUAUUGGAUAUUACAUAUUCGGCUGGGGUGGUUCGUGGAUUCCAAUAAUUAUUUACUCUGUAAUUCGGGCAGUGGACACCGAUUUAGACCAGAGUAACUGCUGGGUAAAACACGCAGGCGGAUUUGAGUACUUCAUAUAUAUUCCUAUACUGGUGACUUUAGCGAUCAACAUAUUUUUUUUCAUCAACAUUUUACGGAUUUUACUGACACAGUUACAGUCUCAUCCCAACGAACCAAGUAAUUACAGACGCGCUUUUCGGGCCACGUUUGUACUGGUGCCUCUGUUUGGGAUCCAAUCUAUCCUCGUCAUCUACAGACCUAAUGCUUCCGGGUCAGCUAUGUUCGUGUACGAGGUCGCCAAAACGAUUGUGAUCAAUACUCAGGGCGGAAUCAUUUCUCUAAUUUUCUGCGUUUUCAAUGGAGAGGUCCACACUCACAUGAAGAACCUGGUCAGGAAACGCUGGCCUAAUUUCAUGAAUGGCGAUCCGAGAUUAACGAGCGUGACGUCAACAACACAGUACACAAACGUACAGACAUCAGUGCGCAGAAGCCCGCGCCUUCAGGAAUCCAAUCAACACCAGAGUUACAUCCCAUUGGACACGGUCGAUGACAUGAGUCGAGACGGCACCAAAACAAAUGGACACGUGACUUUCAAAGAAACUCACAAUACUGUGAAUUGAUUUUGAAUUUUGAGCUAUUUAUUAAUAACAACAGAGUAAGGCUUAUCUCGCCUGUAUGCCGUGCGGUCGCUGCCGGUAGCUGUGAGUCCAGAGAUCGACUAACAGGUGGACAACGUUUCUCCCAGUUACUCCGACAUGGCAGACAAAAGUGUGAAAUCUGAAAAGAUAUACGGAAGGGUGGACAACAGGAAGGAAUGAAUAACAGGUUUUAUCGUUCCCAGUCCGCUGUCUCCAUCACUGUCGAACCUUUUUGUUAUGUGUUGUUAAUGAGAAAUUGGAUAUUCGACUCGCUACGAUUGAAUUAAGAUUUUGAAUUUGCUUUAACGAGUCAGUGCUGACUAAAAACCAUUCGAGCAACCUUCGUAUAUUAUAGAUACAGUUCUUUAAUGCAACUAAUGGUAUAGACGUACGACCCGAGGCGGUGGUAUAGUUGACACUUUACCCUGUAUACAAUAUCAAAGGAACAACUAUGUGAAUCUCAAUAAUACUAUAUAGACAGGUUACAACAUGGGAGAUAACUGAUAUUACUCCGUACUCUUCUUUAGUAAAUACGGGUGCUAUCUGUACAGAAUUUGACGUUGUCGAUAUGAAAUGUUCAAACAAAGAAGGCCGUUUUUCGUUUUGCAUCCAUUUUACUUCCGUUUUCCUGUCGUACAUCCUCGAUAUCCAUGGGUUACUCUCACUUUCGCUCUCUGCACCCCUGGAAUAUAUCAUAGCAAAAUUGAAGGCUUAGUGUGCGGCACCUUGUGGACGAGACGAGAAAACUAGUUUGAUCCUUUGAAGUAUAUCAAAAGAAUCUCGUGGUCACGUAACGGUAAAGUUGACAGGCUUUGAAGUCGGGCGUCUCUCCUUUGCAAUCUUCAAGCGUAGCGAAUGGUCAGUUUUUUUUUUACCUGAGACCAAUCAAACAGCUAUUUUCGUGCCUUCGAUUUUGCUAUGACAUAACCCAGGGGUGCAGAGAGCGGAAGUGAGCGUAACCCCUGGAUAUCGAGGAAACACCAAGGGCAAAUUCGCAGCAAAAGGGAUAUAAUAUAAUGGCGAUUGUAUUCCAGUUAUGCUGAAAUAUUUUUAUUUUCAAAUCAGUAUGCUAAUAAAAAUAUUUUCGUUUACAUGAUAAAUAAUAAAAGGAAUGGCUAAUAUUUUUGAUUGAAUAUCACUUACAGGCCUCUUCAGGGUGAGGGCGUGUAUAGGCUUCGUCUGUUGCCGAAUUCCCUUUAAAUCUGAACGAUUUAAUGACAUUUUUUUAAAUAAGAAAAACAAUGAAAUGAAAAAAUAUAUAGCGUCAAUAUGUUACAGUUUCAAGGAUUUUAACGAUAAGAGAUUAGUGCCCUUUAACUCAUGUAGCUAAUCUGAACAUUACUGGCUGUGUAUUUAGAUAUAACCGCAGUAGUCGACAGUACACUGAUAACGCGGUUUGACUUCUGUUCAGCUUUAUAGCCAUUUGAUAAAUUUCAUAUGUAAUAGUAGUUCGACGAAGAUCCGGUUACUUUUUGUUAUUGAUAUUUUAUUGCUUUAUAUAUAUCUAUUGUGUUAUGUUUUUGGAUAUAAUAGUGUAUGUCGUUUAAAUUAGGAUUAUGUAUCAAGAAUGGUGUUUGCAAAUAUAACCCUCCAGACAUAUUUCAAUGAAGAUUAUAAAAGAUGUGAAUUCAGGUAAAAACCUUCUUUUUGAAGUGCAAACACGACGAAAUCAGUAGAGAGGAGAAAUUCCUGUGGUUUUUUGUAUUCCCUUCUAUAUGUUUUAAAUACUCUCCGCUUGGAUUCGCUUCCAAAAUAGCAGUGACUAUUAAACAUGGUAAUCUUUUUUCCUAACCGGUUUUUUUCUUCUUCAUUUAUAUCAGUCUCGGUAACUUUAAAAACGAUUGAAGAACUGAACGAGUGUAUGAGUUAUGUAUAUCGAGUACCUAGAUGUGUUAGAAGGGAGACAACUACGAGAACACGUAGAUAUCUUUCAGUUUAUUAAGUUAAUAGCGAUUGCUAUAAGGAAUAAACGGCGCAAAUUCGUACUAAAGUGUAUGCGAAAACUAUCAAUUGUCACUGUUAUCAUCAUGUUUAUUAUAUAAAAGAGUGCGGUGAGCAUGAAUAGAAUACGUAUUAUCUGAAUUGGUAUAUCAGUUCAACAGCAGACUACAACGAACACCAUACAUAUACAUGCAAAGGGCUUGUAGUCAUGUUUGAAAGGGGCUACAUAGUUGUUUGCACAGCCCAAAACAUAGACAUCCACAUCGUGUUAUGUAAUCUUAUCGAGGCCAAGGUACUUUCCGAUAAACAACCAAACUUUGAUUUUCAUAUCCAAUUUUUUUUUUUAACAUUAUUAACGCCCUAUCCCAAAACAAAUACCAGAUUAAACAUUUGCCUACAUACUACCGCCACUGUUACGUCAUCAAACACUACCAUUACUGUUACGUCAUCAAACAUUUCCGCCAGAAUACGCAACUAUUUCGUCAUCUCAAUACUUUCACAAUCGCCACUGUAAAAUCACCCUUAGUUCAUGUAUUGGAUAGCGGGAGUGUCUAAAUAUAAGCGCCUCUAGAUGUGAUGCAUGUUAACAAUAUUCUGGACUUUUAGCAUGGCUGAUGUUCUUCUAGGUGGAUAGUGGUCAGACAACUGAAACAUUGUACCCAUGUUUUGCGAAUGACUUAUUUAUUUUGUUUAAAUGGUGUGAAUCUGUCACUUGAAAAUAUUGUUGAUUAUCGUUGUUAUUCCCGGUUAGUCUUUCAUUGUGUUUAUGAAAGCAUUUGACGAAGUGAUUAAUUUAAUGUAGAUAAGUAAUUAAUACUAAUUAUAUACAUAGAUGUAUAUAUCUAUAUUUCUAUUUGUUGUACAUGAACGUAUGUGUAUGAAAUCCGUUGUCAUGACGAUGUGGAAUCGAUCCACAUGUAUGCUGUAAAAAUAAAGCAUAUCAA